UGAGAGUUGAGACGAGAUGAGUGUGGUUAUAACGGAAGCUCACAUUCACAUCCACCUUGUAAGUUGUAAGGUGAUUGAGCACCUUUUCAUCAUUAAACCUCCCAACUCAAUACAGUAUCCUCUCUCACUCUCCUCCUCCACCACCUAUAACUUAACUUCUCACCCAAAACCCCAAACAUAUAUAUGCUAUAACCACCCGGAGCCGGUAGUGUGAGUGAUGCGUGGAUAGUCAACACCGGCGACUACUGGCCGGAGAAUGGCAUAUAUGUGUACUGACAGUGGAAAUCUCAUGGCUAUUGCCCAGCAAGUCAUCAAACAAAAACAACAGCAAGAGCAGCAGCAACACCAGCAGCAUCUCUCUCCCUUUGCUCUCUCUCCAUGCUCUCAAAUCUUGUCCAAUGCUCCUGCUUAUGGCUUCUCCGCUCCUCCUUUUCCUGACCCGUUUUUACCCGAAGGAACCGAACCGGUUUUUCACUUUCCUAGUCUCGACCCGCACAAUCAGUCCUUCCGCUUCACCGAUUUUGGUAACGGCCCGGGCGGCGAGUUUGACUCGGAUGACUGGAUGGAGAGUUUGAUAGGCGGUGCAGACUCCACGGCCAGCUCCAAUCUCCAAUCGGGAUGCGACACGUGGCAGAACUCUUCGGAGUUUAAUCUCUACGCCGCCGCUGCCGCAGAUCCGUUCCCUCCCUCUCCCGAUCUAGACAGCGUUCAUGUUAUUUUCCCAGAUGUUUCCAAAACUGCCCCUGCUCCACCUCAGUGGGUCCCGCUUCCGCCACAAACGACCGUUGAAGCAGUUAACAAAAACGACGACGUAGUAGCCGUUGCAUCUGCCAGCUCACCUGAACAGAUAUCGACGAAGCCACUGCUCAACGCUGUAAUCGACUGCGCUAAACUCGCCGAGUCCGAGUCUGACUCGGCAAUCAAGUCACUGAUUCGACUCAGAGACUCCGUCUCGGAGACCGGCGAUCCAACUGAGCGAGUUGCGUUUUACUUCACUGAAGCUCUUUACAGUAAGCUCUCCGUCUCGAAAACGCCAACAAUCUUCGAAACGACGUCGGAGGAGUUUUGCUUGUCGUACAAAGCCUUAAACGACGCCGUUCCUUACUCUAAGUUCGCUCACUUAACUGCAAAUCAAGCAAUUCUAGAAGCUACGGAGGAGGCCACGAAGAUACAUAUCGUUGAUUUCGGAAUUGUUCAGGGAGUCCAGUGGGCCGCUUUGUUGCAGGCCUUAGCCACCCGGCUUGCUGGUAAGCCGGAGAAGAUUCGAAUAUCUGCGAUUCCGGCGCCGGCUUUGGGAGAUUCUCCGGCAGCUGCUAUGAAUGCUACCGGUAACCGAUUGCGCGAAUUUGCGAAAGUGCUGGACCUGGAUUUUGAGUUUGAACCGGUUUUUAUACCGGUCCAGGAAUUAAACGAGUCGAGCUUUCGAGUUGAGCAGGAUGAAGUGAUUGCUGUUAAUUUCAUGCUGCAACUGUAUAAUUAUUUAGGGGAAACAAAUGAUGUAGUCGAAUCUGUGUUAAAAUUGGCGAAAUCAUUGAACCCGAAGAUCGUGACCUUAGGCGAGUAUGAAGCUAGCUUGAACCGAGUUGCGUUCUUCCCUCGGGUGAAAAAUGCGUUGAAAUACUACAGUUCUUUGUUUGAAUCACUCGACCCAAACUUCACACGAGACUCCCCGGAGAGGCUUGAAGUGGAAAGACUACUGCUCGGGCGGAGAAUUGCAGGUGUAAUUGGACAAUCAGAGGACGCUGGAACGAGACGAGAGCGGAUGGAAGGGAAAGAGGAAUGGGGAAUGCUGAUGAAAAAAGCGGGGUUUGAGGCUGUAGGAUUGAGCCAUUACGCAGUAAGCCAAGCGAAGAUACUGCUAUGGUACUGCAAUUACAGUUCGAGCUAUUCGCUGGUUGAUUCACCUCCUGGUUUCAUUUCGGUUGCUUGGAAUAAUGUACCUUUGCUCACUGUUUCUUCAUGGUGUUAAGUUAAUUUGGAUUAUGAUAUGCUUAGACAUUUGUUUUGGAUGGUUUAGUUGUUUUGUUUAGGUAGACAUGGAACUAUAUGUAUACUUUGAUUUUGCCCUUUGGUGGUGGUGGUGGUAAAUUAUGAAGCCUUGCUUAGUAAUGUAA